AAAAAUGAGAAUUACAGUCACAAAUAGAUAAAAAGGAUUUUCUUGGGGAUCAUUUUCUCUCCCCCUCUUCUUUUUACUUCCCCUGACCCUUCAAUUUUCCUUCCCUCCAAACACCGUUCCCGCUCGUGCAUUCGCGGGGACAAGUGUGAUAAUCCAUUGAGGUUCAGGUGUUUGCGGUUGUGUUCUCUUCGCCUUCGCCGGCUCCUCUUGAUUCCUCAAAGCUAUUUUUUUCAGGCGUCUUUCUUUUCUUUGGCGUAGGUUCGGGGUUGAUUGUUUGAUCUGAGGGGGACCAAUAGAACAAAGGCGCGUUUGGCAUGGAGGAAGGGCAUUGCGAUAAUUUGUUCUCUUAUUAUUGAUUUACAAAUUGUUCGCGUUUGGAUGUUAAUUUGAAAUGGAUUCCGACGCAGUUCCAAUUUCCAGCCAAUCGGUAAAAUGCUGCGACUGUGGGUGUAGAUGUUCUUUGGUAGCUGAAUCUCCGGGGGCUUGGAUUCGUUCCGUUAAACGGAAGCAUGAUGAGUUUGAACGGGGCAACCAAUUGUUUCUACCGGCCUUGAAUUACUUUUCAGUUGCACGGGUCCAAAUUGAGAAUGAAUGUGCUGCAUUGCGCGAGAUAGUUAGCAGACAACAAAAAACUAUACAAGAUUUAUAUGCUGAGUUGGAGGAGGAGAGAAAUGCUUCGUCAACAGCCGCAAAUGAGGCCAUGUCAAUGAUAUUAAGGCUGCAGAGGGAGAAGGCAGAGAUUCAAAUGGAAGCCCGGCAGUUCAAGUCUUUUGUGGAGGAGAAGAUGCUGCAUGAUCGGGAGGAAGUUCUAGCAUUUGAGGAUUUGUUGUAUAAAAGAGAACAAGCAAUCGAGUCUCUGACUUGUGAGGUGCAGGCUUAUAAGCAUAGGAUGAUGAGCUAUGGGCUAACUGAGUCUGAAGCAGAUGGUAGGAGUCUGUAUAUGGAAGAUUUUGACCCUGAAUAUGAACCUUCUAUCCAUGAAUACCCUCCAUUGAAGUGUAAUGUAAAUGAAAUGCAUGGUACGAAGGAUGCUGACGAUGUAGAUGUUGAGAAAUAUGCAUUUGGUGAAACCCCUCGUGAUCGAUUGAAGAAUUUGGAAAGUAGGAUAUCUCAAAUGGAAAGAAAUCCCACUUAUAGCCAGGUGGAUGGGGAUAUUUCAGGAAAAAAUAUUCUAGAGAAGGUGAUAGUCGGACAGUCUCCCCGCCCAAGUAAACAUUCAAGGAAAUUGUCUGGUGACUCUGGUACGUAUGCGGGAAUGGGUAGAGAGAUGAGACCUGAAUCUUUUGUGGAUUCUCCUAAACUUAGUACUUCCUUUAGGAAGAUAGAUCAUAUCUCACUGCCAGAGGAUCCAUCCAACAUGAAAAAGGUAGAUGAUGCAUCAGAAGCUGGGGAUGACACCAGUGACAGAGUUUAUACCAUUGACUCUAUUCAUAAUGGGCCCUCAACUAAUGGUUUUAAAGAGGCUAAACCUGUGUCUGGUGUUUAUGAAGAUUAUUCAACCACUCCUAGGGUAGAUAAUGUUUUUGGAUAUGAAGACCCCGACAUUAAAAAGCUAUACAUGAGGCUUCAGGCACUUGAGGCUGAUAGGGAAUCGAUGAAGCAGGCAAUCGUUUCAAUGAGUACUGAUAAAGCACAGAUUGUGUUAUUGAGGGAAAUAGCUCAACAUUUGUGCAAAGAGAUGUCACCCCAAAGAAAAAUGGCUGUGAAAAGGCCAUCUGCUGGCAGAUUUUCGUCAAUUAUUAAGACAAUCACAGCUGCUUUUUCCUGGAGGAAGAAAGCACGCCAAUGCAAGCAUACGUUCGGGCAAUCAGCCAACGGCGUCGGCUUGCAAACGCUUCUGGAUAAUGGGCCUCGUGUAAGGCAAUGGCGAUGUCUUUCGAGCACACAACUCGGAGUUUAGUUCCUGAAUCCCUGUAUCAGCUUUCAGGGCAGAGCUCAAAAUGUGAAGCACCAACUCAAUUUCAAUCACACUACUGCGACGAGAUAUUUCUUUUUUCUUUUUUGGCUUUCUUUUUCGUGGGAAGUGUGGUGUUUUAUGCAUUGUUCAUUUAUUCUUUCUUUAAUAUUCUUUGCAUGAAAUUGAAUGUAAUUUGUUGGUUGUUCUGUAAAAAUGCAAUGAGCAUGCUUUGCUCGAA